AAUCUGCUGAAAUGUCUGCUUGCGUUAAUGCACCAAUGCCACCAUGUGGACCCCUGGAGAUUGUGUUCUCCUUUGACACCACCGGCUCCAUGUACGGCUAUUUAGACCAAGUCCGUGGCCGACUACAGGACAUGAUUCAACGACUACAGGCGGACAUACCCGCCAUCAGGAUAGCUGUGUUCGCUCAUGGCGAUUACUGCGAUCACCAAACCUACGUCACCAAAUGGGAAGACUUCAGCAGUGACGUAGCAAAACUGUGUUCGUUUGUCUCCAAUGUGGAGCGUACCGGAGGCGGGGAUGCCCCAGAGUGUUACGAGCUGGUGUUGAGGCAGGCGAGGACGGAGCUCUCGUGGACUCCCGGCUCUCGUCGUGCUAUCGUACUCAUCGGCGACGACGUCCCCCACGAGGCAGAUUAUUACCUCAACACAGAUAACAUCGACUGGCGUGAGGAGAUCAGAGAGCUGGCGUCAUGGAACGUCACCGUGUACGGUGUACAGUGUGGGAAUAACCGUGACGCUUCGCCUUUCUACAAGACGAUCUCCGCCGCCACUGAUGGGAAACACCUACAGCUCGAGGACAUGGGAGGGAUUUUUGACGUCAUGAUGGCGGUGUGCUACAGAGAAGGGAACGACACGGCCAAGUUUGCCAACUACGAGAUGGAGGCGAGGGCACGUGCUGGUGUCAUCGGCCCGGAUGUUGAUGCUAUUUUUAAAUCUUUGAGGGAUGAGGCUGAUGGAACAUCAACGGCAGGACCGUCAGUUCCGGCUCCUUCUGUCAAACUGGCAGGAGUACCGAAGCCAGUGACGUUGAAGAGAGCCGGGUCCAGUAUGGAGAAACUCACCAAGAAAAGCAGCAUCCAUGCUCCAAAAGCUCCUAAAGCAAUGCGUCUGGUGAAGCCAAAGACAUCCAAGAAAACAGCGGCAAACAAAGCAGAACCGCCUACGGGACUGGACAAAUUUAAACUGAAGAAUCUUCCUCGUCUCAAGAGAGAGAAUGUUCCAGAAACCAACUUUUGUCUUCGCUCUAUGACCUGGACCCCCUGGGUCACCGCGUUUGUGCCGUAUGUCGCAGACACCAAAAUGGUCAAAGGCGAUUGGGUCAAACGUUUCGGGAGACCAGGAUACAGACUGACGUCACUCGCUCCGAGAUCUGGACAGGACAGUUCUGGUUUGAGACUCUUUGAAGUUGCUGUGGAGACGUCCAACAAAAGACGACACGUCAUGUUCUCUCGUUUCUCCUCUCGGUGUAUGUCCACUCAAAAAUGGCAACGUUACUUGCUCAGCUCGUGGUGCAGAAGCCAAGUGGACAAUGCACUGGGCCAGGGAUGUCGAGUGAUGGUGAGACACUGUCUCCUUGAGGGCAAAUCUCAAGCGUCCAGUGUGAAGAAAGACAUCAGGAGAUACGACUACGCUUGGAGUCAGGCCGGUGGUGGAGUGAGAGCUGUGGUCAAACGGGACACUACACUCUCACGGGUUUAGAGAGGACCACUGAGAACAUUACCUGAUAUUAUACUUUGGUUUACUCUGUGUUCAUGUGACAAAUUAUAAUUUUUACUUUUUGCUUCAAAUGUCAGGAUCUUUCAAUUGUCAUUAAUGAAGAGGGAAGAGAAACAGCAACCAUGACAUGAGACGGCCAGACUGCGUCAAUGCCAAGAACAAAUUCUAUGUUCUUAACUUAACCCUUUAUUAUAAUGUAUGUAAAUAUUGUAAAUAUUUUUUAAAAGUCUAGAUCUAAAUAUUUAGGCUAUAUAGGGCCUAUGACCUUUCUAUGGUUGUCACAAUACACCCCAUUUUAUUCCUCAAAACCAGCUUAGUGUUGAAUAUUGUAAAAUAUGUAAAAUAGUUUGCUAGUUAACUUCGGGACCCAAGGUUGGAAAUACAACUUGAUUUCUCAAUUACGUUUUUUGUUGUUUUUUUUAUUGUUUGAUGUCUGGACGAUAAUUAUUGUUGUCAUCCUCAACUCUUUUGUUUUACCAAAUGCAUUUAAUUACAAGUUAUAAAUGUUGAGCUUUUUUCCUUUACAUGAAUAUAAUAAAAUGAAAUAAAUGAUAUAACUUGUUCAAAGAAAA